AUGGCAACAAACAAAAUCAUCAUAAACAAGAGUGAUUUUGUUGAUAUUUAUCCUCACUAUGUGGACAUGGUCAGCUCUUUAACAUCGAAUAUUGAUUUGUGCAUUUACAUUGGAAAGACACUCCCACCAGAGCUUCAAGAUCCAUACACCAAACUAAUAACAAACGUACUAGACAAGUACGAUAAAAUAGUCCCUUUCAUUAACGCGAUGAUUGACGAUGAAUACGACAGUGCGAUUACUGAAGGUACUUUGUUUCGAUCGAACAACUUGUGUAGUAGGGUGAUGACACACUAUGCGAAGACCACUUGUAAAACGUUUUUAAGACAGUCGCUGAAGAAUGUAAUAACUGAGAUAAACACAAUUAAUUGUCUCUUCGAACUGGACACAACUAAAAACCCCAAUUUGACACAAAAACAAGUUGAAAACAAUACACAACUCCUCUUGGACUACUGCACUAAAACGAUUCGAUCCGUCGAACAGCAACUCUACCAUUUGCCAAUCCAAAUCAUUUCUAUUUGUCAGACCCUCUUCCAGAAAUCAAAGGAAAAGUUCCCAGCCAAUCCUAUUCUUCCACAUAGCAUCGUCUCCGGAUUCCUUUUCCUUCGAGUGAUUUGUCCAGCGUUAACAACCCCAGAGGCCUCAGUGUUUGAUACGGAAGUUCCUGUCACACCUACGUGUAGAAGAAAUUUAAUACUGAUCACCAAAGUGAUUCAAAACAUCGCAAACAACGUGACUACGCCAAAAGAACCCUACAUCGCUCCUACUAUGGACUACACAAUUGAAAUGUCGAAACGGGUGAACUCUGAUAUCGAGAAUUUGUGUAAUCAACACGACGCUGAAUUCAAUCUUGGAAGAGUUUCUUUCCAAAUCCAAGAUGUAGUCGAAGUGAACACGUUAUUUGAACUCCACGUCUUGAUUAACAAAGCAAAUGCACUACAAAAGAAGCCACAGCUCGAGAAAAAAGAACGCGAGCGAGCAGUGCCCAAAAUCACACAACGAGCCCCUCGGCACACCUUUGUCAAUUUUGUCAAAACAAAAGAAGACGAUGACGUGAAAGUUGUGUUGACAAAACCCGUUGCACGAGUCACAAGUGCUCACAAAUUUGUAGGUAGCGAAGGUACUGUUAUUAGUAUUGAUGUGUCCGAAGAUAAAUCAAGAGGUGAGGUACAGUCGAACUCUGCUGAAAACGUUUUAGGAAAGGUAGCGACUGAAAACGCCCGUUCAGUGUCACCGAGUCGAAGUGUCGGGUGGACAAAGGGUAUUACACGGUCCAAAUCGCCACAACUUAACAUGUUGCGAACUAAAAAGGCGAAGAAAAGAGUGAAGAAAAGCGACUUAGAGCUCUUUUUAGACUUGAGCCAAAUCAGUCGUGAACUUGGCAUGUCGCCAUAUAUCAAAGAACGGAAAAUUGGUAUUAAAACAAAAGUCGAAGUUGACAAAGAUGAGACAAAAAGUUUUGUUCAGACCGUAGUGGAUGAACUUAAGACGGAGGAGGUGUUAUACAUUGACAAGGCUCAAGAUGGGGCUAAAGUAGUGUAUGUCAUCAUGAACAAAUUUGUGUCGAUUCUUGAAGAAGAUGAUGUUGUUAAAACGUGUUUUGAUGAGCAUUGGGGAGAGAUGUGUCGAUGUGUAUUUGACGGACUUGGGAAGUACGACGUGUUAUUUGACAUGAGUGGUGUUAACUACGAUCUCAAUAAAAUCGUUUUAAAGUGCAUUAAAAACAAAGACAAAAUUUUUAGUGACGUGGAGAGGAAAAAUGUGAGACGGGUCAUCGUCUUCCAUCCAAACAAACGGGUGAGGAAGUUCAUAAGUACCGCUAAAGAUUUCUUUCCGGGGAAGUCACUUAAAAAGUUGUUUGUUGCUGAGACGUGUGUUGACCUAGAAAACGUCGUUGGUGUGAAUUGUGUGAAUUUGCCGGAAACAAGUCUUGCGAUGGACAGAAGGGAAUUCACUGUGACUAAAGUGAACAAAAAGGGAAAGCUUCAGACACGCGUGUUAAGGCUCACCCUUGGUGAGUUGUGCAAUAUCGAUCCGAUGACUCGAAGGAUCAUCAACACGAUCGAUCUUCUUGCAUUGGAGCGGAUUGAUAUCACCGAGAAAGAGAACAAGAUGGAAAUCAUUUACAAGCAAAAGGGUGUUAUGGACAACCGAGAGUAUCACUUCAAAAAUUCUGCUUUAAUUGAAAAAGUGAUUUAUGAGCUGUUCAACAUCUUUUGGACAAGGAAGGGGCGCGAAGGGAAAUUCAGUUUUAUUGCUAAAAAGGCGGUUGUAGAAACAAACACAGGGAUGCUCAGUUUGACAAAAGGAUUUUUGAAAACGGAGUGUCAGAUCUAUUUGACAAUCAACUCGAUACUCAUCAUUGAUUUGGUCUCGGUCAGAGACAUUGACUUGUCCUCUGUUAUUGAGGUCAAACACGACACCACCGACAACAAGAUUAAAGUGUCUUGGAAAGACGUUGGAAGAGAGGCGGAAAGUUGGAGCGUUGAGUACUUUGAAGGGUGCGAACACUUCGUGCGCACGGUGAACGAGCUUGUUGUGUCGAUCAAAAGGAAGCUGUGA